CCAAAUUCGGUCCUUCAUGGCUCUUAUACCACCAAGGAAUUCAAUGCCUCCUAGCUUCAAGCCAUGCUUUCUGAGUGGCUACAUACCCCCUUGUCUCACUCUCCAUUGCUGUAUUCACUUGUGCGAUCUUCACUUUCAACCUUCUGGACCCACUUCCCGAUUCUUGCUGUAUUUCGUGCAAUCAGACAUGCACUCCUUCUUCUUCCUUCUUACUCCCCAUCGUUAGUUAUUUAUUACACUUGUCAGAGUAGCUGAUGCCACUCACUUGCCAAAAUCUACGUGCCGUGACA